AUGACUGUUGAACAAGCAGAAACUUGGAUUUCAGAUGCUAAUCAAUUUGUAGCUGACGAUGAUGAUGAUACCUUCAACUUUAGUGUUAGAGUUGCAGCAGAAGAUUUACUAACGCUUGUUUGGAUUAUUAUACAAUACAUGCAAAUGACUGUUGAACAAGCAGAAACUUGGAUUUCAGAUGCUAAUCAAUUUGUAGCUGACGAUGAUGAUGAUACCUUCAACUUUAGUGUUAGAGUUGCAGCAGAAGAUUUACUAACGAUAUUAAUGGACAAAUUUCCGGAACGCACAUUAAAAAGUCUAACAGCAAUUUCACAACAUAACAUGGCUGAAUCUAAUAAAGCCCGUGCUGACGGUGAUCCUAAUUGGUGGCAAAUUCAUGAAGCAUGUUUAAAAGCAAUCGGGUUUGUUUCUAAUGAACUAAUAUCCGCAUUAAAUGAUAAAAAUUUAAAUAUUGGAAUAAAUCUUGGCAUAUUAUUUGAACAAAUAAUACAUCAAAUUUUAAAUGAGCCAGGAUUUCCAUUUCUUAGAGGACGUGCAUUUGUUUUCGCAAGCCAAUUUGCAUCAGUUUUACCUGGAGAGUUAACAUCAGGUUUUAUUAAAGCUGCUAUUGAAGCGAUUAAAGAUCCUGACGGUACUAUUCCUGUAAAAGUAUCCGCUUUACGUGCAUUAAAAAGUUUUUGUCGAAAUUUAAAUGAACAAUAUGUUCUACCAUUUCAAGGAACCAUUAUUGAAUGUGUAGCAAAUCUUAUUAAUGUGACAACAGAAGAUUUCCUAUUAUUAGUAUUGGAAACACUUGAAAGAGCUAUUAAAAUAAAUAGGGAUGUAAUAUUUCAAUAUGAGGGUUUGAUAGGACCAAUGGUGGUUGACGUUUGGCAAAAAUUUCCUUCAGAACAUCUUGUUAUGUCGGCGGUAAAUUCGAUUUCUGAAACUUUAUCAAUUAAUUCAACAUUUAUAGAAAGAGCUUUACCUGCCUUGGCCAAUAUAAUAAUGAAUCCUACAAUAGAUUCAUCACAAAAGAAAUCAGCGAGAUUCUUGGUUUCCAGCUGCAGCAGUGAAAAGAGCGUUCAAGUUUAUGGAAAAUAUGAAACACCAAUAAGCAAACAGAGAAGUGUUAGACCCAAAAAGUACGCUUUGAAGAAAAUCAUUGCUAACAAUAAUAGAAUUGCUGCUAGUGCAUUAAAACCACAUCUCAACGAACCCCAGCGUCAAAAUAGGCUCGGGUUGAAAUUGUUUUAA